GCAAUUCCGAGACGCCGCUCCGGGAGCCGAGAGGCACCCGCCGCCUGCAUGGCCCCCACCCGCCGCCCGGCUGGAGCCCACCUGUUGCUCCUCUACGCGGGCCUGCUGGCUGCCGCCGCCGGCCUCGUUCCCCAGGACCCCAGUGCGCCCUCGGGGAGCCGCGUCCGCGAAAAGCCGCCACCCGGAAACGAGCUGCCCGCUGGCUCUGGGGAGAGCCGCGCUGGGCCGGCCACCUGCCCGCCGGAGCCGACCACUGGGCCAGCACGCAGCGUCGACCCCCGGGACACCUGGAGGCUCUUCGUCAGGCAGAGUGACAAGGGUGUCAAUGGCAAGAGGGGGGGCAGAGGCAAAGCCAAGAAGUUGAAGCUCGGCCUGCCAGGGCCUCCGGGCCCCCCUGGUCCUCAGGGCCCCCCGGGCCCCAAUAUCCCCCCUGAUGUACUGCUGAAGGAGUUCCAGCUGCUGCUGAAAGGCGCGGUGAGGCAGCGCGAGCGCACGGAGCCCGAGCCCUGCACUCGCAGCCCCGCCACUGUCCUGGACACCACUCGGGAGGACUACGAGGAGGCAGCCUGGGACGCGGGCGUGCUGGCGCUGCUGGCCGCGCCCCUGGCCCCAGCCCCACGGGCUCCGCGCGUGGAGGCCGCCUUCCACUGCCGUCUGCGCCGGGACGCAUCGGUGGAGCGACGUGCGCUGCACGAGCUCGGUGUCUACUACCUGCCCGACGCCGAGGGUGCCUUCCGCCGUGGCCCGGGCCUGAACCUGACCAGCGGCCAGUACACGGCGCCAGUCGCUGGCUUCUACGCGCUCGCCGCCACGCUGCACGUGGCGCUGGCCGAGCAGCCCAGGAGGGGGCCGCCACGCCCCCGGGACCGCCUGCGCCUGCUCAUUUGCAUCCAGUCCCGGUGCCAGCGCAACGUCUCCCUGGAGGCUGUCACAGGCCUGGAGAGCAGCAGCGAGCUCUUCACCAUCUCGGUAAAUGGCAUCCUGUAUCUGCAGACCGGGCAGUACACCUCCGUUUUCCUGGACAACGCCAGCGGCUCCACACUCACAGUGCGCAGCGGCUCCCAUUUCAGCGCCGUCCUCCUUGGUGUGUGACUUCAGUGCUGCCCUCCUUUGUGUGGGGCCACAACCCGGCAGAGCGAGCUGGGGUCUGAACCAUAUCUGGGCUGUGUGGGAGUGGCAGAGGUCACGUGCUGGAGGAAGCCCACUGGAACUGCCCUCGCUGGCCACCACAGCCCAGCACUGAGACGGCCACUGCAGACAGCCGGGGGAGGGCCCAUGCAAACCUGCGUGGGUCCCAGAACCAGGACCAACUUCAGGACCCAUCUUUACAGGGGAAUGGCCAUGGUGGGCUGGGGUCCUGGGACGUUUCCAGUCGGGGUCAGUGCGCGCCCAGCACUUGCUUUGUCCCUGGCUGCGGACUGGGAACCCUCCUGGCCUAUUAGGCAGCUUGCCUCCAGCCUCGGCUUCUCUGUGGCCCAGCCCCACCAUGUCCUUCUUUCUCAGUGUUCUCUCGGGUUGCCUGCGUGCCAUGGGGGGCAGGCUGGGCUGCCUGCCUGAGUGCCCCGCGUGAAGGGCCAGCCUGUGCAAGGAUGAGCGGCCUGGGGCUGAACGGCGUGCUCAGGCCUGCAGGGGACGUGCACCCCGCAGGUGGAUCUGCCUUCUCACCUCCGCGGCCCGUCUGUUCACAGACAAGGUCCCUCUUCCAUCACCUUUGAGGCUGAUUCACUGCUGGGAUCCCCCUGCCAAAUGACACAGCUAGAACCCCUUGGCAGACGAAGCAGAGGCUUCCCAGCAGCCCACAGCUCCGGGUGCCCACCCAUGGCCUAGCUGGGUCGUCUUCCCCACCUGGGUGGGAAUAUGGCCCUGGGCUCCAAAGGGUGGAGGAGCCCGUACCGUGGGGAGGCUGGGGACCAAGUCCCCGGUGUUGCUGUAGCAGUGAUGGGACCUGGGGUGGGGGACAUACCCAGGAGACAGGUGUCAGCCUGCAGCACGUUUCUUCCACGUGCAGGCUGUCCCAGAGAGGUGUUCCUUCCUGUCCCCUACCCCCACUGCCUGUUGAGCAAGUUACCUCAACCCCCAUUCCUACACACACUGGGCUGACAUUGAUACCUGGUGCCACGGGUGUCCCAGGGACCAAGCUGGGUAGAGUCAGACCUUGGAAGGGGGCAAUGGCUGCUGUCACCUUAGCCUCCUAGCUGGCUUCAGAAUGAGCAGGUGACCAAGGCCUGCCUGUUCCCCAGGAGCCCGAAGCUUCCAUUCUCACAGAACAUCUCCCUCCCAGCCAGGCCCCCACGCAGUCCACAUGAGCCCACCGCUCUGCCCCUUGGCAGGUCUGACGCAAUUCUUAGUAGGACUUGCACGCACCCUACCAGGAAUGCCAGCUGGCCUGGCCUGCCUCCCCACGCUCGCCGAUAAGGGGCGCUGCGGCCACACCCUUUUCUGGAUUUCACUUUGUAUCCAGUGGACACAGAUAUUUUAGAAAAUUUAUCUUUUACCCUCGAAAAAGCCACAGAUCUUUCAUUUUCUCAACAUAAGUGUGAUAUGCAGCAAUUUAUUGAAAUAUUUAUUAUAUAAUAUUGCCGGGUGAAAUAUAUUUAUAUAUAUGACUAUGAAGUGAUUCAAGUACUUAAGAAUUGUGUUGUGUGAUUAUACAAAGUUACAAAAACAGCAUAGACCUGAAGAAAUGGAGUCUUCACCAUUUAGGCUGGGUCCAAGGACUUCGGGGGGGGGGGAGGCGGGGGGAGGCUUUCCAGGGAAGCCACAGUGCCCAGCCUCCCAGCUCUGGGACAGUGGCACUCUGGGAAUUUGGGAUGUGUGAGUCACAGAUUAACACCUAGUUUGCUACAGGAAGAUGUUUACUGAAUAAAUUGUUCUACUUCCGACUCUGAGG